CCUCCCUAGACCAUGGGGGAAGCCGGUGCCGUGGCUUUCCGGCCUGGGGAGUCGUCACGUCUCGUGUCUCGUACGCUGACCCCACCGCUGCUCAUCUCUAGGACGACGUGAGGCACAAGGUUCACCUGAACACCUUCGGCUUCUUCAAGGACGGCUUCAUGCGGGUGAACGUCACCAGCCUCUCCAUGCACGACCCCGCGGGGGCCGCCGACAAGGACGCCGCUAUCGGGUUCAGCCUGGACCGCACGAAGAAUGAUGGCUUUUCCUCCUACCUGGGUGAAGACGUGAACUACUGCAUCUUGAGGAAGCAGUCUGUGUCUGUCACUCUCCUGAUCCUAGACAUCUCCAGAAGUGAAGUGAAAAUACGGUCUCCACCGGAAGCCGGUGCCCAGCUGCCCAGGAUCGUCUUCGGCAGUGGUGAGAAAGUCCCCGGGCAGAGCCCCGCAUCCGAGAGCAGCGGCAACCAGACUCAGAGAGCUCAAGACGGUGGGAAGUCCGAAAGGAGCACGGGGGACGCCAAGGCACCGGGAGAGAAAUCCUUCUCUGUUCACAGCAACGCUGGGGCGGUCUCGUUUCAGUUUUUCUUUAACAUCAGCACGGAUGAUCAAGAAGGACUUUAUAGUCUCUAUUUUCAUAAAUGCCCGAGCAAUGAGUGGCAGUCGAGUGACAAGUUUUCAUUCAGCCUUGAUAUCAAGAUCAUCGAGAAGAACCCUGACAGCUACCUGUCCGCCGGGGAAAUCCCGCUGCCCAAGCUCUACAUCUCCAUGGCCGCCUUCUUCUUCCUUGCUGGGACCAUCUGGAUCCACAUCCUCAGGAAGCGGCGGAACGACGUGUUCAAGAUCCACUGGCUGAUGGCGGCCCUCCCUUUCACCAAGUCCCUCUCCUUGGUGUUCCACGCGAUCGACUACCACUACAUCUCCUCCCAGGGCUUCCCGAUCGAGGGCUGGGCCGUGGUGUACUACAUCACGCACCUCCUGAAAGGGGCGCUGCUGUUCAUCACCAUCGCGCUCAUCGGCACGGGCUGGGCUUUCAUCAAGCACAUCCUCUCCGACAAGGACAAGAAGAUCUUCAUGAUCGUCAUCCCGCUGCAGGUGCUGGCAAAUGUGGCCUACAUCAUCAUCGAGUCCACAGAGGAGGGCACGACCGAGUACAGCCUGUGGAAGGACUCCCUGUUCCUGGUGGACCUGCUGUGCUGCGGUGCCAUCCUCUUCCCGGUGGUGUGGUCGAUCAGACAUUUACAGGAAGCGUCCGCCACGGAUGGAAAAGCUGCUAUCAACUUAGCAAAGCUGAAGCUUUUCAGACACUACUACGUCUUGAUCGUGUGUUACAUAUACUUCACCAGGAUCAUCGCCUUCCUCCUGAAGCUGGCCGUCCCCUUCCAGUGGAAGUGGCUUUACCAGCUCCUGGAUGAGAUGGCCACGCUGGUGUUCUUUGUCCUGACGGGGUACAAGUUCCGGCCGGCUUCAGACAACCCCUAUCUGCAGCUGUCUCAGGAGGACGAGGACCUGGAGAUGGAAUCUGGUGACGACGUCGGGGGUGAUGGAGAACAUGAAGAAAGUCAAGAAGGUGACCAACGGCUCGGUGGAGCCCCAGGCCGACUGGGAAGGCACCGCGUGAGGGCUGACGCGGGCGACACGGACGGCGGAGACGGCUGACCUAUCCGUGGUCCCCGAGGGAGCAGCAGCGGUCCCAAUGGCAGACGGACGCCACCUCUGCACCCGCACUGACCGGCGGCCGGGGCUGCCCUCGGGGGGUGGGAGGAGGCGCGGGAGCGCGGACUCUGCUCCAGUGACUUCCUCACACCGCAGCGCUAGGCACAGACAGUGGUGACCUGAGGGGGCAGAGCAUGGAAAGGCACGGGUGGCAGGGAGGGCGGGCACUGCUUCCGGACACGGCCAGUGGCCUCAGGACACGGGGGAGAGGAGGACAUUGUAUCUUUGGGACAAAAGUGAGUGACAUCUCGGAAAGCGAAGUCAAACCCAGCGCGGUAGGUAGGCCUAUCCGGCGGCGGCUACCUGGAGCACGGACCUGUGGGCCGGGGACGUGGGCUGUACUUUCCAGGAGGGCUCGGUCCGCGGUGGCUGCCGGUGCCCUCGGCCUGCAGCCCUGGGACGUGGCCCGGCGGUGGGGAGCAGCUUUCUCGGUUGAGGUGGCAGCACGAGCCGGGAGUGUCCCUUGCAGGGUUUCCCCGGACUCCGGAUCUCCUCGGCCCCGCUGUCCUCUGCGGCUUGCAUCUGUUUUUAGGGUCAGAUUUCGGGAGUGAACGAGGAGGAAUCUUCCUCAAGCAGCAGCUGGGGCAGAGGGGCAGUGGGUAAGCAGCGCUUCAGGGCAGCCAGAUCCUCAUUAAAGAAAAAGCUUUUCCUGUGGGCCAGGCAGGACUUCGACUGGAGCGUUCGCCAUCACCAGGACCGGCUGCCAGCUCGGGGAGGGAACGAGUCGCAGAGAAGCCCCCCGCAGUCCCCGCACGAGUCAGCCUGCGGGGCUGCUUGGGUGAGCAGUGUCACAGCCGGGCGACCAUCCCCGAGCACGGCCCACUCUCGAG